CUUGUGUUCAUUUCAUCACCUUCUUCACUCCACACCUCUCUACUAAACCUUCUCAUAAACAUGGCAUUCUCCUCUUCAUCCAAACCCUUGCUCUUCCUCUCAUUUUUCCUAGCAGCAGCUUUCGCGACCUCAGUGCUGGCUCGUGAUUUCUCAAUUGUUGGUUAUGCACCGGAUGACUUGACAUGCAUUGACAAACUAAUUAAUCUAUUCGAGUCCUGGCUUGAAAAGCAUGGCAAGAGUUAUGAAAGCAUUGAAGAGAAAUUGCACAGGUUUGAGAUCUUUAAAGAUAAUUUGAUGCAUAUUGAUGAAACAAACAAGAAAAGCAGCAGCUACUGGCUUGGACUCAAUGAGUUUGCUGACUUGAGCCAUGAGGAGUUCAAGGACAAGUAUUUGGGCCUCAAGGUUGACUUGUCUACAAGGAGAGAGUCCAAUCCUGAAGAUUUCAUCUACAAAGAUGUCGUCGAUCUGCCCAAGUCUGUGGACUGGAGAAAGAAAGGAGCUGUCACUAAUGUCAAGAACCAAGGCUCAUGUGGUAGUUGCUGGGCCUUUUCGACAGUAGCUGCAGUAGAGGGAAUAAACCAGAUUGUGACUGGAAAUUUGACGUCGCUGUCAGAGCAAGAGCUAGUUGAUUGUGAUACAAGCUUUAACAAUGGUUGCAAUGGAGGCCUAAUGGAUUAUGCAUUUUCCUUCAUUAUGUCCAAUGGGGGACUUCACAAGGAGGAUGACUACCCUUACAUCAUGGAAGAAGGCACUUGUGAUGAGAAAAAGGAUGAAUUUCAAGUAGUGACUAUCAACGGGUACCAUGAUGUGCCACGAAACAGUGAUGAAAGCUUGAUAAAGGCACUUGCAAACCAACCCUUGAGUGUUGCUAUUGAGGCUUCUGGCCGUGACUUCCAGUUCUACAGCGGGGGUGUGUUUGAUGGGCGUUGUGGAACGGAGCUGGACCAUGGAGUGGCUGCAGUGGGAUAUGGAACAGCAAAGGGAGGGGAUUACAUAAUUGUGAAGAACUCAUGGGGUCCCAAAUGGGGGGAGAAAGGCUACAUUAGACUCAAGAGAAAUACUGGCAAGCCUGAAGGCAAAUGUGGCAUCAACAAAAUGGCUUCUUAUCCCACCAAGUCCAAGUAGACUUGUCCCAAUUCAUCUCUGUAUUCACUUGCUUGUUUUCUUUAAAUUAACACUUGUUUCUUUCUUCUUGUUUGGUUUAUUGUUCUUGAAGCAAUGAUCAUAUAAUAAAGUUGACAGUUUUUAAUUGUA